AUGCCGAGUUCGAGCAGGCGGCCCAUGACCAAAGACCAGCUUCUAAGGCGCCUCCAGGAUCAUGCCGCAAGCAAGGGCGGGUUGUGUCUGGCAGACUGUUAUUUGAACAGCAAGACGAAGGUCCAGUGGGAGUGCGAGCAUGGCCACCGAUGGCAUGCCGCUCCGAUCAAUGUGUUGUACGGAAAGACCUGGUGCCCGCAGUGCGCUGUUGAAAGGCGAAUGGGCUCUCUGGAGCGAUUGCGGGACCACGCGAGGCAGCGAGGCGGCAGGCUCCUGUCCACCAAGUACACUAACAGCCAGGCCAAGUAUCGCUGGCAGUGCAAGCUGGGACACACCUGGGAAGCGGCUGCCUACAGCGUUCUGAACAAACGCACCUGGUGCCCUGAAUGCGCACGAAAGCAGAAAGUGUUCAUCAGGCGAAGCUUGCAGGACUUGCAGGAGCAUGCAGCUUCCCGCGGAGGCCGCUGCUUGGCCACUAAGUACUGCGGUGUGAGAAUGAAGGUGCAGUGGGAGUGCACCAAGGGCCACAGGUGGCCUGCAACUCCUACUGCAGUGCUUUACCAGAACAGUUGGUGUCCUGUGUGCGCGCAGCGUGCUCCCAUCGGCUUGGAGCGGCUGAGGGACCAUGCGGCGCAGCGAGGCGGGGAGUGCCUGGCGACUGAGUACGUGAACAAUUGCAGCAAGGAAAAUUGGGCUUCGACGCCUCCAGGCCCACGCCGCCUCGCUUGGUGGGAGGUGCCUGGCGAAGUCGUACAAGAACAGAUCUACCAACCUCCUCUGGGAGUGCCGGGAGGGACACCGAUGGAAGGCGAUGGCUCAGAAGUGAUAGUUGGCAAGACCUGGUGCCCAACUUGUGCAACCAGCAUUUGGAGGACAGAGGCGGAGAUCCGCGACAUCUUCGAGACCAUCUUCUGCCCUUCCAAGUUUGGGCCCUGCAAUCCAAAAUUUUUGGAGGGUUUGCAGCUGGACGGGUACUGCGCCAAGCUGUCGUUGGCAUUCGAAUACCAGGGCGAGCAGCACUAUGACUCGGACAGCUAUUUCCACUUCGGAGACAUCUCCAGCUUCGAGGCCCAGCAGGAGCGAGAUACCAGAAAGCGGGAGCUGUGCAAAGCAGCAGGGGUGCGGCUGGUGAUCAUCCCGUAUUUUGCAGAUGACAAGCGGACCUUUGUGGUGACAGUCUUGCUACAGUGGUUCCCCAUUGAGGACAUCAUGCCUGUUGCGCUGCCUCCCUGCGUUUGCAGCGGAAUUGCUUGCACUGAGGCUGGCCUCGAGGUUCACAUGGUGAUCCUUCGAGCGGAUCAGAUGCAUCAUAGGCAUCAGUCUAGUAGAGGGGAGUUUUCCAUCAUCAGCUGGAUCCUCGCCGCGGAGCAUUCCACGACGAGGGGAUGGACCGGAGGGCUUAGCAGGACCCUUGGCGUGGCUAUCCCCACGGCACGCGAGCUCAUCGAGUGGUCGCAAGAGCGAAUUAAGGACUUGGUAGAGAUGGAAGAUACCGAGAAGUUUCAAACAGAAGUGCCCAGAGAGUGGCAGCUGAUGAUGCGCCACUCCUUCUUCCGAAAUAACCAUAACCCUGUAGCUGUCCGGGGUGAGGCCGGACAUAUGCCAACCACGAACUCCAACCGGGUUCUGUGGGAGGUGAUGAACCAAGGUGCAGACUUUGUGACUGACGUACCCUACAUGCGUUGGGAUCACGAUGUCUAUUAUGACGAGGAUCCCAACUGUUGGAUGCAGUCCAACUGCUUCCGACCCUGGUACAUCACCAAGACCAGCAUCAAGCACGGACAAUUCAUCGAAGGUGUGGACCUCUUUGACAACAAGUUCUUCGGAGUGUCCAACAUGGAGGCGCAGGGUAUGGACCCGAUGCAGCGACACAUCCUGGAGACCAGCUACGAGGAUAUGGGCGGUGUCUCAGGAUGA